GGGGGGAGCGAGAUGGUCAGCCGCCGCGGCGCAGCAAGAUGCUGGAUGGGCCCCUCCUGGCGCGCUGGCUCUCCGCGUCCUUCGCGCUGACGCUGCUACUCGCCACGCUGCGCCCCUCGGCCGCCUACUUCGGGCUGACGGGCAGCGAGCCCUUGACCAUCCUCCCACUGACCCUGGAGCCUGAGGCUGCGGCUGCCAAGGCACACUACAAGGCCUGUGACCGGCUGAAGCUGGAACGGAAGCAGCGGCGCAUGUGCCGCCGGGACCCUGGGGUGGCCGAGACACUAGUGGAGGCCAUCAGCAUGAGUGCCCUUGAGUGCCAGUACCAGUUCCGUUUCGAGCGGUGGAACUGCACCCUGGAGGGCCGCUACCGGGCCAGCCUGCUCAAGCGAGGCUUCAAGGAGACAGCCUUCCUAUAUGCCAUCUCCUCAGCUGGGCUGACCCAUGCACUGGCCAAGGCCUGCAGUGCUGGCCGUAUGGAACGCUGCACCUGUGACGAGGCACCUGACCUGGAGAACCGUGAGGCCUGGCAGUGGGGCGGCUGUGGGGACAACCUCAAAUAUAGCAGCAAGUUCGUCAAGGAAUUCUUGGGCCGCAGGUCGAGCAAGGACCUACGGGCCCGGGUGGACUUCCACAACAAUCUUGUGGGUGUAAAGGUGAUCAAGGCCGGGGUGGAGACCACGUGCAAGUGCCAUGGUGUGUCGGGUUCCUGCACAGUGCGGACCUGCUGGCGCCAGCUGGCACCCUUUCAUGAAGUGGGCAAGCACCUGAAGCACAAAUAUGAGACUGCACUUAAGGUGGGCAGCACCACCAAUGAGGCCACGGGUGAGGCUGGUGACAUCUCGCCGCCACGAGGCCGGGCACCAGGGACAGGUGGUGGCGACCCACUGCCUCGCACCCCUGAGCUGGUGCACCUGGAUGACUCACCCAGCUUCUGCCUGGCUGGCCGCUUCUCGCCGGGCACUGCUGGGCGCAAGUGUCACCGUGAGAAGAACUGCGAGAGCAUCUGCUGUGGGCGUGGCCACAACACCCAGAGCCGGGCAGUCACGCGGCCCUGCCAGUGCCAGGUGCGCUGGUGCUGCUAUGUGGAGUGCAAGCAGUGUACACAGCGUGAGGAGGUCUACACCUGCAAGGGCUGAGCC